AUGAUUGUCAUUGAGAGAACAUUCCACCGGAGACCUGACGUAGAAAACACUUCCUGUUGUCUAUACCUACCAAAUAUAGUAACAAAGGGAUAUUUCGUGCAAUGUCGAUUUCAUGUCACGUUUUCGUCCUGCAUUCUAACAUAUUCGUUGGUCAAUGUACCGUCCAUAUGGCAGCUAGAACUCUUCCGUGAUACUACAUCAAGUACGACUAAUACAACAUCUAGAGGCGCAUCAAAUUCUAUCAUACCUAUAUAUCUUAACGAUGAAACAUGGAUUUUUGGUUUGGAACAAACAUUUCUACUUUGUAUAAUAUUCGGAAGAUGGUUGCUACCAAAGGGUUCUUUAUCACGAGACAAAUUGUCUAGUCUAUUGCUUCUUUUGAUAGGAAAGGCAUGUGACGUAACGGACUUUUUUACUCUCAUAAAUGAGACAAAAGUCCGCGCGGAUAAAAGUCUGGUCUUUGCAAUUUUGACAACUUGGAGUGUAAGCGUAGUCCAGUUUACAUUUGUGCUUACAGAAACUCAAAGUACAAGUGAGAACAGUUCUCCAGGACGAAUCAUUCAAAUUAAAAAAAUAUUUCUUGGAACAGAUGUCUGGUGUUGCACGAUUUCUGUCUUUAUGGAGGAGUUACCGUUCUUGAUAAUGCGAGCAUAUACCAUUGCUACGCAUAAUAUUACUUCGUACAGUACAUUAUUUUUUAUCACCAAAAAUGUUUUGCUGCUUUUAAUGCUGUUUUAUAGAAUUAUAAGUGUAUUGUGUGAAGAAUUCAAAAUCCAUUGGCCCGUCGUCCCGAUAAAUCAAGUCAGUAGGUCGCAUGACAUCCGCCAUACUGCACACGAUGGAAAUGCAAUGGAUCUGGCUAAUAUAGAGGCACAGUUGAGAUCGGUUUCUCCGGGAAUAAACACAAGAUCUGACAGUCUACAUACAAUCAAUUCAACAAUAGUAGAAUACCAGCAGAUCUACAAUUUUUUGCGGAAGAAACAAAAGAAGAAACGCCGUCUAUUGAAAUAUUGCAACUCUAGGUUGGAGAUAAAUCGAGAAAAAUUAAAAGUAGAAACUGCAAAACAUCGUAACAUUACUAGGUAAAAAGAACAAAUCAUUAACUACAUGUAUCAUAAUAAAGAGAUAUAAUUUACCGCUAGUGGAAAUAACAGGAGAAAUUAACAUCGCUCAGAUUCCUGACCGUAAUAUGAGAACUUCAAGGCAGUAUGUGCAAGAAGAGCACAUAACCGGUUAAUAAGUUACAAUUUCAAAUAUAUAUAUAUACAAGUGACAACUCUACGACAGAUCCAUGCAUUGGAUCACCAGUGAAGGUGAUACACGGCUGAAAACACAUAUUAUAUUCAUAAUUACUCUAAAUAUCAGCACAACAAUGUUAAAUCUGAAAAUCUUGUUUAGACGUACUUAUCAAAUAAUUAUUUCUGUGACUGCAUCUUACGAUCCUUUACGACAGACAAUUUAGCUAAUCUGCAAUCAAUUCCAUCUCCAUGCCUAAUAUAUCAUGUACUGUGCCACAACCUUCUAGAUUCUACUAACGAGGAAAGGUAACACUAGGCCAUCUAGGUGGCCGAGUGCGGCGUUUUGCAUUUGCGCCGAUCUGCAUUUCACUUGCGCCGAUUUUUUCUUUCACUUGCGCCGAUUUUUUCUUUUAUUUGCGCCGAUUGUUUUACAGGUAAAUUACAGGUAAAAACUGUUUUUAUUUAUCACUAUAAACCUCUUCCGCUAGCCAGUUAUACAUAUUAUGUUAUGAAUUAUUAAUUAAAACAUGCAUAUAACUGUUUCCCCCUGCCACAAUGGGGAGGUGGAAGUAGGAUUUCGAGCAAAACAAGUCAAUUUUAAGGUUAAAAAAAGCACUCUGUUUACAUCCACUAAAAUAACUGAGUAUAGCAAUAAAAUAUCAAAUGAUAUAAAAAUCUAUUUACAGCACUAAAAUACAAAAAGGAGCAAAUGGAACUUAAAAUUAUUGAAUUGGCGAAAUUGAAACAACUAAAUCGACGCAAAUGAAAGAUUGAAAAUUUAUAAAAUCGGCGCAAAUGUCAUACGCCCGCCGAGUGGUCUUGAGCGCUGGUCACAGUGCUGGCGGUGUUGUCUCGAUAUCCGAAUAGCAUCAGUUCGAAUCCCGG